AUGUCCUCAACCACCACCCCCCUCCUCCACCGCAUCCCCUCCACCUCCACCCUCGGCCCCGCCAGCUCCGACACCACCUCCCUCCGCUCCCUCCCGUCCUCCCGCUACCGCCGCCGUCCCAGACCAACCGCCACCCGCCGCGCCCUCCUCCUCUCCUUCCUCUCCUCCCUCCUCUCCUCCCUCUCAGCCGGCUCGAUCACAAUCUUCUCCCUCUACGCCCCCACCUUCCAAUCAACCCUCCACUACUCCCAAUACCGCAUCAACGGCCUCGCCUCGGCCGCCUCCAUCGCAAUGUACAUGCCCGUCUCCCUCCUGGGCUACUACUGCGACCGCGUCGGCCCCGCCCCCCUCUCCCUCCUCUCCGCAGUCUUCUUCGGCCUCGGUUACGCAGGCGCGGCACUGUUCUUUUACUGGGGACAACAGGGGGAUCCGGAGGGGGUGUACUGGGGCUUGGUGGGGAGUUUUGUCGGGAUAGGGGUUGGCACGUGUAGCAUGUACCUCAGUGCUGUGGCGACGUGCGCAAAGAAUUUUGGGAGGGGGAGGCACAGGGGGUUGGCGUUGGCGGUGCCGAUUGCGGCGUUUGGGUUAAGUGGCAUGUGGUUGAGUCAGGUGGGGGAUAGGCUUUUUUCUUUGGACACACCCGGGGAUUUGGGAGGGAAAAAGGUUGAUGUUGUCAGGUUCUUUGGGUUUUUGGCUAUAUUGUUGGUGAUCGUGGGGGUGGUUGGGGCGGUGGGGUUGAGGAUAGUGGAUGAGCAGGAGUUGAUCGAGGAGGCGGUGGAAGAGCUAGAGAGGAGUGGGAUCUUGGAUGGGAGUCGGAUGUUGGGGAAUGGGGUUACGAGGGAGGGGUACGGGGGUGUGGAUGUUGAUGAGGAGCGAGAAGAGGAGGACAUGAUUGGGGCCGGGAUUUUGGAUCCGAGAAAAGAGCAGGAAGAGGAUAAAAAGAUCAAGACUUGGGUGUUGAAUGCGGAGACGAGGAGGUUUUUGACGGACCAUACCAUGUGGUUGUUUGCGUUUGGCUUCUUCUUCAUGAUUGGACCGGGGGAGGCGUUUAUCAAUAAUAUGGGGACCGUGAUCAAGACGUUGUAUGAUCCGGAAUUGAGGGUUGGUGGUGGUGCUGGGGAGCAUGAGACGUCUGCGGCGACCCAUGUGAGCAUUGUUGGGAUCACGAGCACGAUUGUCAGGCUGCUGACGGGGACGUUGACGGAUUUGCUCGCGCCGAGUCCGCAGGCGGGACAUGUCCAGAUUGCCUCCAGCACUGAACUUGAGAGAAAAAGAUUCUCGGUUUCGAGGGUGGUGUUUUUGCUGUUUUUUGCCGUGAUGCUUUCUCUGGGGCUGGCGGGGUUGGCGGCGGGGUGGGUGCAAGGCCACGGGGAGAGGUUCUGGGUGAUUUCGGGGCUGGUCGGGGCCGGGUACGGCGCCGUGUUUAGCCUGACGCCCAUCAUCAUCACGGUGAUCUGGGGGGUGGAGAACUUUGCGACGAACUGGGGGAUUGUGGCCAUGUUUCCGGCGCUGGGGGCGACGAUGUGGGGGUUGGUGUAUUCGGCUGUUUACCAGGAGGGGGCGAGGAGGCAGUCGGUUGUUGGGGAAGAGGAUGGGGGGGACAAUCUGUGUUAUGGGGUUGAGUGCUAUGCGAGCGCGUUCUGGGCCAUGGCGGGGAGUGUCUGGGUUGCGUGUGGGUUGGUGUUGUGGGCGUGGAAGGGGAGGGGUGGGUGGUCGCAGAGGGGGGUGGUGGUUUGA